AUGUCCAAAAAGCCUGGAAAGCAUGCUCUAUUAUCUGGGAAAUGGCUAGCCUUGGAGUCCAAGAUCAGCACUGUCCCUCCUGCAAAGGACCUGGCCACGUCUCCAACUCCGGCAGCCAAGGCUUCUGCACCGCCCAGGGCCCGCGGGCUCUGCCUCGAGGCCGGAGCCUCCGCUGGCGACGGCACUCGGCGGGCAGGACGCACCCCGCUGCCCAGCAACUCGGGGGUCCCCCCCGAGCCAGGCGGCGGCCGUCGGACAGGGCGCCGGGAGGGCGGGGGCUGGACACAGGGCGGGGGCACGGGCGCGGGGCCCGGGAGGACGGGGGCCGCAGGGUCGGCCCGGAGCCGGGGGGAUGGGGACGUGCAGCGGCACCUCUACCUACAGAACAUACUCACCCAGGUGGCUGAGGUUCCUGAGGGAUCCAAGGUGCCUGAGUUCCCCUGCCAGGUAGCGGGCUGCUCCCAGGCGUUUGACACCCUAGAAAGCUAUGAGCACCAUUACCACACGCUGCACAGGAGCGUCUGCUCCAUCUGCAAGCGGGCCUUCCCCUCCAGCCACCUGCUAGACAGCCACCUCCUGGAGUGGCAUGACUCCUUCUUCCAGGUCUUGGCUGAGAAGCAAGACAUGUACCAGUGCUUGGUGGAGGGCUGUGAAGAGAAAUUCAAGACUAGCAGAGACCGCAAAGACCACAUGGUGAGGCAUCACCUGUACCCCACAGAUUUCCGGUUUGAUAAACCCAAGAAGAACAAAGGGUAUCUGCCCGCAACAGCAGAGGCCCUAGGGAGUCAUGGUGAACAUUCAGAAGGGGACGUCAUGGAGGUCUGCUCUGAAGGACACGAAAUGCCCCCCACGGUGCCUGUGGGUGAGACAGAACUUCUGCCUUCCAGAGUCCCUGCCACCAUCUGCUUCGGUCAAGGUGCCUCUCGGGGGUUUAGAAGCACCAAGAGGAGCAGCAAACAGCACUGA